UUAAAAAACUAAAUACCUAGUUAAAUAUCUAAUAUGUUUAUUUUUGUUAUCAAACUUUAAAUAAAAUUAAAUGGAAAUAAUUUUUUUUAAAUUAUUUCGUUCUUUUUUACAAAAGAUUUACAUUUAGAAAUAAACAUUUAUACUAAAUUUUUAUAAAAUUUAACAAUCACAAUUGUUUAUGCAGGAAUAAACCUAAAAGCACUGUUAUAAAUAAUUGAUCUUACAGUUAUAAUUUUCAAGUUUUUUUUUUCUUAAUUUUCAACAUGAGCUUGAAUACCUUUCGGUUCUCUUCAGACAGUGAGUUUGAGGAGGAUGAGACUGAGGGUAUAAUUUUGACAGGGAAGAAAAGGCUCUUUUCUAAAGAACUACGCUGCAUGAUGUACGGGUUCGGGGACGAUCAGAACCCUUACACCGAGAGCGUCGACUUGCUUGAAGAUUUGGUAAUCGAGUACAUCACUGACCUGACACACCAGGCGAUGGAGAUCGGCCGUACGGGCAGAGUUCAAGUCGAAGACAUAAUCUUCUUAGUAAGGAAAGACCAGAGGAAAUACGCCAGGGUCAAAGAUUUGCUUACAAUGAACGAACAGUUGAAGAAAGCGAGAAAGGCCUUCGACGAAGUGAAAUACGCCGUGCCUUGAUUCAAUUUUUUUUUAUUGUAUUUUUCUGUAUAAAUAAAUAUCUAUGUAAAUCAAGAUUUUGAAAGCCA